GGAGAUGGGCGUACCGCCGUUGAACGUACAUAACCAGUCUUCCGGACCUUUCAUGUGCUGUUAUGACACAGGUAUUUGAACAAAAUACAUUACCGAGCUGAAUACCAGCGGACGCCUGUAAACUACCUAUAGAAACUAAGAAAGACGAUAAUGUACUGAAGAUGAAACAACAAAGAGCUAAAUGUUCAGAUGUCAUCGUUACAGGUAAAGAUUCUAACAUACAAGUAAGACGACUAUGUCAAACAUUAAGGUGCUUGUCCAUUCUGCUUUCAGAAUCUAGGCAGUAUCGAUUUAGCUAUGAAAAGGUAUAUUAAAUGUAACUGAGUAUUUUAGAGAAACCGGUAAUCGUGAGGUGUUUUUAAAUAAUUUGUUGUAACAUUCAAAUAAAAAUUGAUUUACCCCAUAUCUUACUGAUAUUGCAAUAUGGUAAAGUGGCUUCAUGCUAUUUUUUUCUCUCAAUAUCUUCACUUUUAGACAUGAGAUCUCAUGUACAUCAAACUGUUUUACCAGUAGUCAUUAAAGCUGAUAAUCCGAUUCCAGUCUCAUGCAGUGUGUACUACUUUGAAGUAACUGUCAAUGUUAAAAGUCGAUCUGGUCUACUUGCUUUGGGUGUGUGUUCUUCACGUUCAUCAACAAAUGAGUGGCCAGGCAUGGAGUUCACUUCAUACGGUUAUCAUAGUAAUAGUGGGACAAUUUAUCAUAAUUCAAAGGAGUUACCAGUUUCAGCGCCUAGUUUCAGUGAAACAGAUAUCAUUGGUUGCGGUGUUAACUUUGUUAAUAAUUCAGUAUUUUUCACAAAAAACGGUGUCUUUAUAGGACCUGUUAAUGCUGGUAAAAAGUUGCCACAUCCAGUAUACCCAUGUAUUGCUUUUGCCUGUCCUAAUUGUCAUGUCAGCAUUAAUUUCGGUCAUCAUAAAUUUGCAUUCGAUAUUGGUCAGUAUAUUAGUCGUGAACGUGCUGUAGCAAUAAGUACAGCAGUUGAUCGUAAAUGUAACGAUCAAUUAGCAUAUGUUACAAUGAGAAAUUUAGUUGCAACCUACUUAUUACAUAAUGGUUUCCUUGAGUCAGCUCAAGCAUUGGGCGAAUGGGUGACAAAAGCUUCAACUAAUAUAACAGAUCAAAGCAAUACUACAACUGGCAAUAUUUUUAGUCGUGAGAAUGAUGUUAAUGGUGAUAGUACCAAUAAUAUGUGUUAUAAUAGUAAUGGCAAGUCAUCUUCAAAGUCAUUAACUCCUGAUACUCCAAAUGGUUGUCUGUCUACAUCGACGAAUAAAUUUAUCCAACGAAUGAAUUCACUGACAAACUCUUUGAAUGGUAAUGGUUAUUCAGAUUGUAACAGUAAUAAUAAUAAUGCUAUGAAUACUAACAAUAACAAUAAUAAUUGUAGUGGUUCUAUGGUUGAAGAGACAAACGGUGGUGAUCAUUAUUUAAAACACUCAGAACAGCAGUCAGCACAGUCAGCAGCAAUCAAGUCACUGGCAGCACAGUCAACAGUUAAUCAUCAUGAUUUAUUAUCGUUAUCGUCGUCGUCUAAAAAUGCCAGUCAAGCGAACAACACUGUUCUUAAUGAUUUAUUCUGUUGGCCUGAAGCUGUGGACAUCUUAUUAAGACGCAGGUAUCUACGCGAGACAAUUAGAAAUGGAGAUUAUCUGUCUGCAUUGGACCAGCUACAAGCACACUUUAAAACAUUAUGGGAGAAUGAUCCAUCGAUUACAUUUGUUCUGAAAUGUCAUCAUUUCAUAGAUUUGAUACGUCGACACUACACUGUAAAUUCUUCACAAGAACCUGUCCAUAUGAAUAAUUUAACCAAUAGUAGUAAUUCAAAAAUAUUUCAGUCCAAUGGUGUAGAUGUUCCUCGAAAUAGUCAAAAACGCUCGAAGCCGUCUAGUUCAGUGGAAUCCUCGCCUGAAAUAACUAACAAGGAGAAUGAUUGCCAACUUGUUCAUUUAUUAAAUUCUAAUCACAAUAACAUAACCAAUCUACCAGCCGAUAAUAAUGAUGAUGAUAAUAGUAGUAGUACUUCUACUGGAAAUACCAAUAAUCGUUUUUCUCGCCCAAUCGCAAAAUCGCAUACUCCUGAAUGGAAUAAUGAUAGCCUAUUAUCGUCAAGUGAUAGGUAUAAUUCUGAACCGCUACCGUCAGUCUUUCCAAAAACUAAUUCUUCCUUUAAUGAUGUAGUGAAUACAACUACUACCAAUGGUAGUAGUACUCAUACGCCUGGUGUUAUAAAUAACUCCUCUUCAGAAGUUAUUUGUUCACAUGUUGUUCCUUCCACAUAUACUACAGAGAAUAAUUUCAUGAAAGCUAACAGUGAAAUUAUAACCAAUGGAAAUUCAACUUUUUCAUCAUAUAACUCUUCGCCUGUAUCGCCUAUGAUCAAAUCAUCAAUUCAGAAUAAUCAAUGCAUUAAUGGUGAUAAUCAUCAUAAUAAUAAUAAUGACGAUCAUGAUCAUGAUAAUAUUAAUAAUAACAUUAAUAGUCAUCAUAAUACUACUACUACUACUACUAAUAAUAAUCAACAAAAUGGAAUACAUGAUAAUAACAGUAGUAGUACUAAUAAUACUAUCAGUAAUAGUAAUACUAACAAUCAUUUUGUUCAUCAUAUUGAUAGUGAUCAUGUUGAAGUAAAUUGUAGUGCAUCUGUUAGUGAACUUUACGAUCUCAUUGAAUAUGGCCGAAGCUUACGAUCGAAUGCAUUAGAAUUACAACAUCAAGGAGCGAUUAGUUUGGAACAACUUCUAUUCUUGAGUAGUGCAUUCAGUUUGGUUGCAUAUCAGAAUCCUUACAGAAGUCCUCUCAGUGGCCUGUUACACCCAAAACAUCGAGAAUUAUUAGCCGAUGCUGUAAAUGAUGCUAUACUGGUACAUUUAAAACAACCUUCUCGACCUGUUUUGGAUAUCGCCUUAACAUAUCUGGAGCAUGUUUUAACUGAUGAGGGAACAUCAUGUAAAAAUACCGGUUCAUUUCCCUGUUAUCGUUUUAAAAAUGGUCAUUCGAAUCCAAGCACUCCUUCAAAUCCUCUGCAAACUAUUGGCAGUCAACAAUUACAAUCUGAUGAUGUAUUCACUGCGACAAGAGUAAGUCAGGCUAACGAGUCAACAACACCUGUUACUCGUGGUACUCCGACUACGCCUAGCCGAACUACAGUGGUCAGUGGAAGUCGUAGAGAAGGGGAAUCACGUUAUGCAACAGCCGAUGUUCAAACAUAUGGUUUAGCCUCGGGAGAUUUUACUGAAAGUUCUAAUGGUUCUACAAAUCUACUUCGUCCUGCUAGCACUUCAGUUAUUUCUAGUUCACUUUAUGUUCCGCCUUCUGCUUUAAUCUCUCUUACCGGUCGAAGUAAUCCAGUAACUAGGAGUUCUGAUUCACAGAGAUCAUCAUCUCGUGUACGUCCAACAAGUCUACAGAAUUUAAUUCAACAACGACGUCAAUCACAAUCAACCGACCAACCGACCGCAUCAUCUCCGUCUCCGUCAUCAUCAUCACAUUUUAAUCGUUUUCUAGUCACAUCGUCUAAUUGGCCGGUUUCAACGCCUGUUUCAUCAGCAUCGACAACAACUACUACUACAUCACAGAAUCCUAAUCGUUUCUCUCCUUCACGGAUAACAGUCACCUCUUCCCUUACUAAUACACAUGCACCGACUGGACCUGAAUUGGCAGGAUUUUUCCAUCCAAUCUUAUUUAUAGGAUGAAGUGUAAUGCUUAAAAAAGGACACAAUUUUUUCUUCUCUUAUUUCCCUUUUAUACAUCACACAUUUUCUGAGAUUAGACUAUUCCCUCCUCCUCCUCUCGCCC